GAAGACAUCUACAAAUAAGGCAUUGAAUAGAUUAUAUUAAGACGUAUUUAUACAAUAUAUAUUAUGGACAAAGUUACAGUGAAGUUUCAACAUUGAUGAUCCCUGGCGGUAGCGUCAAUCGUUUGAUAAUCUCUCAGGUUACGGAUUGUCAGGAUGGCUACAGGUGGGCCACCAUUUGACUGUGCUGAUGAACAAGAGCUGCCUAACUGGACCGUCGGGAAUGGAAGUCUGGAAGACAGGUUAAACAAUAUGGACUGGGAUGUUCCACAGAAGAAAGCCAAUCGAUCAUCAGAGAAAAACAAGAAAAAGUUUAGCGCGGUGGUCGAAAGUCGGCUGACCAAUGACAUCUCCCCUGAGUCCACCCCGGGGGCGGGGCGUAGACGAGCUCGCACCCCCCACUCGUAUCCACAAACAAAGUACACCUCCCAAAUGUCUGUCCCAGAACAGGCUGAGCUCGACAGGCUGAAGCAGAGGAUAAACUUCACUGAUUUGGAUGAGAGGAGCAUCGGAAGCGAUUCCCAAGGCCGGGUCACCGCUGCAAAUAACCAGCGGCAGGUCUCGGAAAACAAAAAGGCCUUUAAUUUUCUCCCACUGCACGUCAACACUAAUAAAAGCAGAGAGCUAGCUGCUGCAGCGGGCGGUGAAGACUCUAAAAAGCAGGGUGCCGGUAGAGACAUCUUUUCCGGCGUCCCACGCAAGGAUGCUCUGCAUGGUGAAUGGGCGUCUCUGUUUGAGGACGGAACCGGAGAGCCAGGCAUCGACAGCAGCCAGGUUGUCAGCAGGCUUGUGCAGAUUAGGGAGUAUAUUUCCAUGGCCUGCUGCAUGCGAGACGAUCUGGUGGAAAAAAACGAUAUCCCAGCCAAUGUUGAGCAUUUAACACAGCUAAUAGACCAUCUGAAGGAGCAGGAGAAAUCCUGCUUGAAAUUUCUGCAGAAGUUGUUGGCGAGAGAGAACGACGAAGACGACAUCCGCACCAUCGACUCGGCGGUUGGCUCCGGCUCUGUCGCGGAGAGCACGUCUCUGAACAUAGAGGUGCAUUCUGGGGCCUCAGACACCACGGGGCGAGACCCGCACGGCGAGGCCAGGGAGGAGCUGGAGAACCUGCGCAAGCAGCACGACCUGCUGAAGAGGAUGCUGCAGCAGCAGGAGCAGCUGCGGGCGCUGCAGGGCCGGCAGGCCGCACUGCUGGCCAUGCAGCAGAAGGCCGAGCAGGCCAUCGCCGUCAUGGACGACACCGUUGUUACCGAGACUACAGGCAGUGUGUCUGGAAUCAGCAUCACCUCUGAGCUAAACGAGGAGCUGAAUGACUUAAUUCAGCGUUUCCACAACCAGCUUCACGACUCGCAGACGAAGGCGGUCCCUGACAACAGGAGGCAGGCGCAGAGUCUGUCACUCACCAGGGAGGUGUCCAGUAGCAGGAACCCUCCUGGCGGUGACCCCGCCUCCCUCCCCUGCGCCCAGCUCACCAAGCUCCAGGAGCUCCAGGACAAGAAGCAGACCGUGGACAAAAUCCUGGCAGAGCUCCGCAUGCUGAGGGACCACGCUUUAUACAAACACCCCUGUCAGUCAGCCCAGGCCCCAUCCCAGAGAAGUGGCUCUGGUGCGGUCGCCAGCAGAUCCGCCAACGGGCGUGGCGCCCCAAGACCGGACCCCAGCGCCCCCCAGCACGGCCCCGAAACGGAUGGAAACCCGGCCCAGAAACUCAAGAAGCUGAAGGAGGUUCAUAAGAGGCUGAACGAGCUGAGGGAGCUGGUGCAUUACUACGAGCAGACCUCCGACAUGAUGGUGGACACGGUCAACGAGAACGUCAAGGACGAGGAGACCGAGGACGACUCCAUCUUCGAGCCCAUGUUUGACUCCGAGCAGGAGAAUCUGGAACCCGUCACAAAUAUAAGAAACCCGCAGCGUCCGGGAAACUGGACGGACAUGAACAGUCUGACCGGCGCCCACGGCAACGGUAACCAAGACGGGCGGCUGAACAUCAACCGCGAGAUUAACAACCGCUCGGCAGCCAACCUCAGGAGCUUCAAUAUCCCGUCCGCCAUAGAGCGGCGGUACGACCGGGGGGGCCACUCCCGCGGGGGGGCGGAGGCCGAGAGCAGCGAGGAGGAGGGAGCGGAGAGCGAGGAGCGCCCCCGGGGGCGCAGGAGGCCCGGGGGGGGCGGGAGCGGGAGCUCCGGGGACAGCCGGAGGAGCAGCAGGGAGGAGGACCCGGAGUUCCUGCAGAAGGUGGAGCGGCUGCGCUCCGCCAAGGAGAAGCUCCGCCACCUGCAGCAGCUGGUCGCCAUGGUGCAGAGUGAUGACACGGACGAGACCACGGCUAACGCCUCCAGCGUUGCCGAGGAUGAGGACGGUGUGAACCAGCGGCCCAACAACACGAGAGCCGCUGGCUCCAAACUGCAGAAAGACCUGGCUCUGACGGAAAAAGAAAGAGAGAAGUUCUAUGAAUCCAAGCUGAAGCAGCAGCAGCAGGAGCUGAAGCACCUGCACGAUGAGCGCCAGCGUCUGAUGGACAUCAAGGGCGAGAUCCAGGACCUGCACUGGGCGUGCUCCGACCUGCAGAAUCCCACGCCCACGAGCCAGGCCCCCGCCGCCACGUCCACUCCCGCCACCAACGCCCGCGGAGCCGCUCUGAACCGCACCGUGGAGCCCACCGCCACCGCCGCCCCCGACAACCAGCUGUGGGCCGAGAUGCACAGGCACCAGAUCCUGCGGGAGCACCUCAGGCAGAGGAGGAAGCACCUCGAGUCUCUGAUGGAGGAGCACCAGAGACGCAGCGUCCUCAGCGACCCCCCCCCUGGAGGAGCACCACAGACGCCACGUCCUGAGCGACCCCCCCCAGGAGGAGCACCAGAGACGCAGUGUCCUCAGCGACCCCCCCCAGGAGGAGCACCACAGACGCCACGUCCUGAGCGACCCCCCCAUGGAGGAGCACCAGAGACGCAGCGUCCUCAACGAACCCCCCCAGGAAGGCCCAGGGCCCACACAGCAGGCCACGCAGCACUCUGCCACCGAUGGAUGAUGGCUGCAUGGGGCGGGUCCUCACCGGGUGUGCUUGAUGAGUAUGAAGAUGACGUCAUGUUGGGGGUGGAGCCUGGGCUGGAGGAAGAGGAGGAAGCGGACUCGAGCUCCAGUGAAGAACUUCCUUCGUACUCCAGCCGGAAGCGCAGGUCUCUCAGUACGAGGAAAUCACAAGACCGGUCCCUGCAGACCUCGAACCCGCGCUCGGCGAGCAGGAGCGACCGGCCCUCCCCCAGGUCCCAGCAGGAGCAGCGGAGCAUGAGCAGGAGCAUGAGCAGGAGGCGCCAGGAGAACCCGCGCUGGGCCUCGGAGCUCUCCUUCCUGGAGGAGAAGCAGCACUGGCAGGAGCAGAUCGCGCGGCUGCAGAAGCAGCUGGACUUCAGCACCUCCGUGUGCCAGACGCUCAUGCAGGACCAGCAGGCGCUGUCCUACAUCCUCCCCUCGCUGAUGACCGCCCCCUACAGCAUGUUGCCGGGCAACGUCGGGUCUCCGCAGGUGCACGUCGUUAUGCACCAGCUCAACCAGUGCUACGCGCAGUUGGCAUGGCAACAGAGCAACGUUCAGAGAUUGAAACAGGUGCUGAACGAUCUGCAGCGGCAGCAGCAGCAGCAAUCACAGCCGGCGGAGCAAAGCACAAAUCAGGAGCCCAGCCCCGCCUUCUCCCCCCUCGCUUUCCCCCCCCCGUUAAAUACCAUCAACCUGCCGGGGCUCGGAAACUGCUCCUAUCUGUCUCCUGGGUUCAGUUACAGCCCCCUGUUCCCCCCGGGCGUGGGGGAGUUCUACCAGAACCUCGGGGCCCAGGACAGCGGCUCGCCACGACCGGGCGAUCCUGGCGGCUCCGCCUCCGCCACGCCCGAGGGCGUCGGCUUCCCGCAGCCUUUCGAGAGCUGGUCCGCCGGCGGGGACAAGCGGAACAGGACGAAGACCGAAGGUGGUGGCUGUGCGGACCGCGCCGACGGCAGAGCGGGCACCAACCCGGCGCCCCCUGGCACGGCAGGCACCGGCGGGCAGACCCAGAGACCCGGCGCCCGGCCGCAGCCUCCCAGGGUCCUCGGCGGCAGACGGGUGGAGGAGGGGACGCUGGGGGGCGUGCCGGACCCCUCGGACCCCGCCACCGUCGCCAAAACCUUCAGGUCGAAGAAGGCCUCAGCCCAGGCCCUGCUCGCCUCCAAAGACAAAACGUCCAAGGUCCUGAACAGGAAGAGACGGGGCAAGGCCCUCGGCAGGAAGCCAGGGCUGGGAAGCGGCAGUGUGUCCAGUGCCAGUGACUACAGCAGGGGGAAGGGUCCGCAGAGCAGGGAGACGGAGCGUCCGGAGAGCAUCCUGGACAAGCUCACAAAGGAGAAGCUGGGCAGCAAAUCCACGGCCCAGAAGAGCAAGGAGCUCUCGUCCGCAUAUGCUUGGAGGACCCCUUUCCUCUCUAACCGAAUUGCAUGCACUGAAGUUCAAGACACCAGCAGUGAUUUUUCCCUGUUCGAGGCUCUGCGGGAGACCAUUUAUUCAGAAGUGGCUUCUCUGAUCUCCCAAAACGAGUCCCGGCCCCAUUUCCUCAUCGAGCUCUUCCACGAGCUGCAGCUGCUCAACACGGACUACCUGCGUCAGAGAGCGCUUUUUGCCUUACAGGACAUAGUGAGCAGGCACUUGACUGAGAAGGACGUGGGAGAGGAGGCGGCUGCGUCUCUAAGCUCUCCUGUCUGGGCUGCCUCCAAUUCUGACCUCACGCCCAGCGAGAGCCUGGCCACCAGCGACGGUGACGUCUCUGAGAAGAACGUGGCGAAGGCCCUCUACGCCAGCCGGAGCCAGAACGAUGGCGUGGGCUCGCUGGACAACGAGAGCACCCUGUCCACCUCGUCCAUCCUGGACCCGUUCGCCAGCGACGACCUGGGGAACACGGUGAUUCACUUAGAUAAAGCGCUGGCUAGGAUCAGGGAGUACGAGCGCAUGAAGCUUAGCGAGAACGCCGCCGCCGCCGAUCCCACCUCCUCCUCCUCCUCCGCUGCCGCCGCGGCCGACCCCAGCUCCGCCGCCGCCCUGCCGCCAGGUCCCUCCGAAGGCCAGAACAUCCUCGGCCAGAUGUUCUCCGGGGUGCGCUGCCCGCAGAUCGACACGCAGCAGCUGGACCGGCAGAUCAAGGCCAUCAUGUCCGAGGUCCUGCCCUUCUUACAGGAGCACAUGGACGACGUGUGCUCCACGCAGCUCCUCACCUCCAUCCGGCGCAUGGUGAUGACCCUGACGCAGCAGAACGAUGAGAGCAAGGAGUUCGUCCGCUUCUUCCACAAGCAGCUGGGCAGCAUUCUGCAGGAGUCUCUGAGCAGGUUCUGUGGGCGGCCGCUGCGCGAGUGUGGAGAGGACCUGCUGGUGGCCAUUUCCGAGACCCUGUUCAACGAGCUGGCCUUCUUCCGGCUGAUGCAGGACCUGGACGGCCCCCGCAGGAGGUUCCGCAAGCGGGCCAACGCCAUGAUCAUCAAAAACCCGCCCGAGGCCUGGGAAAAGAAACUACGGGAAGCUCAGCCAUUCUCAGCAGGCUUUCAUGAUGAAGACAAAGACAGAGACGACACAGAGAAGGGGAACGUUGCCAACGCCCCCGAGAUGAAGGACGGCCCGAGCGGGGAUGCCUCGGAGAGGGAGGAAGAGGACGAGGAAGAUGAUGACAGCGAAGGACUUCCUCUCUCUAUACACCUGUCCAAGGCGGAGACCCAGCCCCUCACUAACUACGGCAGCGGGGAGGACGAGAACGAGGACGAGGAGCUGGAGGAGUUUGAGGCGGGUCCCGUGGACGUGCAGACUUCCAUGCAGGCCAGCAGCGAGCCGGCCGGCCAGCAGGAGCAGAAACGGAACGGAGCCCAGGCGGACGCGAGGCGGGACGCUGAGCUGGGAGACGGAUCUGCGGGCUGCUCUGACGUGACGGGCGGCGGGGCGGAGUCGGCGGAGGAGGAGAGGGGGGGGAGGAGCGAGCGGGGGGGCCCCGCCCUUACCGCCAGCGCGCCCGUCCCAGAGGCCACGCCCACCUCCAGCCCCAACACCGACUCUCCCGUCAUGAUUAACGAGGACGAGGUCGGGUCAGGAAAUCUAAGCCAGAAGUCUGACGAAGACGAUUUUGUCAAAGUGGAAGAUUUGCCUUUACAACUUGCGGUCCUGUCAGAGGAGGAACUAAAAAGGACAGCAGAAGAACAGCAGCCCAACAGGGUUUCGCCAGACGAACCAGGAGACCUUCUGGGAAAUACUCAGACCGUUAAAGAGCCAGAAACGGUUGGAGCUCAGAGUGCAUGAUGACUCCGACGACUGUUGGAUCAACACUAUGAACACGUUAUUCUCACUAAAAUCGUAGGAACUGUAGAUAAUUAGCUGCUUUCUAAUGAGUUACCCUUUAAGGGGUAAAAAAAAAAUAUAUAUGAUUGAGCACUGCAUUCAAUCGAGUUCUGUUGUUAAACCUCCUUCUGGAGUCUGCGUCUGAAAGCCAAUCUGAUGUCAAAUGUUUCCAAACCUGCAAAGCUGUUCUGUUGGUCUAAUGAGAACUGGGAUGUAAAGUUCAUGCCGUGUUAAAGGUGUGGUUACAAGCGCAGUUUAAAAACGCACGUGAAUGGAAACUGCAGGUUGUCGCCGAGCGAAUCGAGCGAAGUGUUUCCUCCGGGCUCUCGCAGAACCCCGCGUUUGAAUAAGUAAACCAGCGGCGUUGAGAUCUCAUCACGCGCCGCGCGGGCGAGGACCACGGCGGCACUUCACGUAGCCGAUUCGUCUGUUCGUGACUUCACACCGGUGCAUGAGGCUGUGCUUUAGCGUCGACAUGCUCCGCCCCCUUUCCUGGGCUCGUGUUCAUCUACUGUUACACCGUUUCUGUUGGAAUUCUGUCGGUUUUUAAAUUUUAACUUAUACGCAUGCCGUAAUUCUCUGUGGUCAUAUUUCUUUUUGAUUCGGUAUCUGUCGCAUUGCAUUUUAACUUAAUGAUUUAUUAUUUCUUAACAUGGAAAUAAUUUGAUUUCUCCAGUUUUUGCCUUUACAGUGAUUAAAAGCUUCUGAUUAUUUGAACAAUCAGCCUUCAAAUGUGAAAUUACUACAGGAAUGUUCUUGAUGCAUUCAGGAUUUCUGAUUUUAGGACAUUAUUUCAGUGCUUUAUUGAGCCAGGUUCUUGCUUUGCUCAGCACGCGUUCACCUUGUAUGUACUGUACUUGCCUUUUAAUAAUUACCCUUUUUUUAAAUAAAUGAUUAAAUUAUA